AAAGUAAUAUAAUAUUUUAAUAUCAAAAAAAUAUAUAUUAAAAUGUCGAGGGAGUCCGGUAGACGGUCCGUGGAUAUGGGCGACGUCAACCGAAGAUUGAGUAAAGGCAAAGCUAAAGCCACCUCCGACGGUUCGACCUCACGCGGACACGGUUCUCGAGGAAGACACUCCGUCUCUUCGUUUCCUACUGUCCCAGAUCAUUUAAUCGGGGAUGCUAUGACGGAUGAAGAAUUCAACCAGAUUUAUUCUGGUAGAGGAGACGCGAAUCUCCCCACUCUUGAUAGUCUAUUCGAGGAUGUUGAUGAAGCAGGACUGGAUAAUCUUGACGGGGACGAUGAGCCUACACCGCAAAGCAACGACGUCGACGCGGAGGCAUGUGAGCCCGAGACCUCUCGAGGUCCGGACAAAGGUAAGAAAAAAUAUAAAUCAGAAUUAUUUGUUUAUCAUUUUGACAAAGACACAAAAGAUGACAUAGUUUAUGGAACUUGUAAACAUUGCGGGACCGUCAUAAAAAUGGGAGUUUCCGGCAGUUAUGGCGGUCCGGAAAAACACCUAAGGUCGAGGCAUCCCGUGGAGUACGCCAAAUACGAGGCCAAAAAAAAGGGACGACAAGAAGUGCAAACCCAAAUUUCUCGGUUUGCUAACAGAGGUAAGGGCGGCCUUUUUGCUUAUAGCGACGAGCAAAAUAGGCAAAAAAUGGCCGAAAUGAUUUGUGAAGAAAAUUUGUCAUACAUGGACUACAAGCUAUGGGCGGAGUUUUGAUAAAUAUUAAAGAAGGAAUUAAAAAAAUUUGGGGGGCUCGUCUUAUUUCGAGAUCCUGGAAGAUGUUCUGUAAGUCUAAGGGUAAAAAAGAAAUAAGUUUUGCCAGAGAUAUCAACAUUAGAUGGAAUAGUACUUACAAAUUGAUUGCACAGAUCCUAAGAUAUAAAGAGGAACUUGCUGAAUUUUUUAGGGAUGAAUUUCGUAUAAUCAUUAAUCCUUUUGAAUUUGUUAUUGUUGAAAAAUUGAAUGCCGUAUUAGAAGUUUUUAAUAACGCAACUCUUACUUUUUCCCAUGUUUACCAACCAACUACAAAUACAUUUUUUAAAGAGUG